CGACCAUUCAACUCAAAGUUUUUCAAUGUUUUGUACAUCUAGUAUUAAAUAGAGAGUAUUGUAGUUAGAUAUUACGCUGACAUGAUGAGUUACAACUGCAAGUAACAUCCAAAGUCUUGUUCAUGGAGCCAUCCAUAAUGCCUUCCACCAUUAUUCCCACAACUUCAUGGUUUACACCAAAAAGGUUACUUGCUAUAUUUUGUGUGAUUAAUUUGUUAAACUAUUUGGAUCAAGGAGCAAUAGCUAGCAAUGGUGUUAAUGGAAGUACAGGAAUACAGGGGGAUUUUAAAUUGAACAAUUUUGAAGAUGGAGUUUUGUCAUCUGCUUUUAUGGUUGGACUUCUCGUGGCUUCUCCAAUAUUUGCCUCUCUAGCUCAGAGUGUAAAUCCAUUUAGACUUGUAGGAGUUGGAUUGUCGGUGUGGACUCUUGCGACCUUCUUUUGCGGUUUUUCUUUCAAUUUCUGGUCCAUUUCUGUCGGUCGCAUGCUGGUUGGUGUUGGCGAGGCUUCGUUUAUAAGUUUAGCACCACCUUUCAUUGAUGACAACGCCCCGGCUUCUCUGAAAACGACAUGGCUCGCAAUGUUUUACAUGUGUAUACCAUCCGGAUAUGCACUUGGCUAUGUCUAUGGUGGUUUGAUUGGAAGUCAUUUUGGUUGGCGUUAUGCAUUCUGGGUAGAGUCUAUAUUGAUGCUUCCAUUUGCUAUUUCAGGAUUUUUAAUGAAGCCUUUACACUUGAAAGGUUUUGUUCCCGCUGAUUUGGUAAAGGCACAAGUACCUAACACAGUUGCAUCAGGAGUUCAUGUCACGAACGCUUCUAAUGGCAGAGAUGAGUCACUGUCUUUUAAGGAAGAAUUCAGAGAUAAAAGCUCAAAUGACCAAUCCAAGUCAAAAUCUGCGACGAAAAUGCUUGAUCAAUUCUCAAGAUUUUUGAUUGAUAUGAAAGCGCUCCUGCUUGAUAAUGUUUAUCUUAUCAAUGUUCUAGGUCACAUAGGGUACAACUUUGUCUUAGGUGCUUACUCGUAUUGGGGUCCCAAAGCUAUCUACAAUAUUUAUAACAUGACUGAUUCAGAUUUGGUAUUUGGAGGAAUUACAAUUGUAUGUGGAAUAGUGGGCACAUUAGCUGGAGGAGUUGUUCUGGAUUAUAUGACUAACACAUUAUCAAAUGCAUUUAAGCUUCUCUCAGUGACAACAUUUCUUGGGGCAGUAUGUUGUUUUGGUGCCUUUUUAUGCAGAAAUGUGAACGGCUUUCUUGUUCUUUUCUCUAUUGGUGAACUUCUUGUUUUUUCCACUCAGGGUCCGGUGAAUUAUGUAUGUCUUCAUUGUGUUAAACCAAGUUUGAGGCCUUUAUCCAUCGCCAUGUCUACUGUUGCCAUUCAUCUCUUUGGAGAUGUGCCUUCCUCACCACUUGUUGGAGUUCUCCAGGAUAGUAUUAACAGCUGGAGAACAACUGUAUUGAUUCUAACAACUAUAUUGUUUCCGGCAGCUGGCAUAUGGUUUAUCGGAAUAUUUGUCCAUAGUAUGGAUAGAUUUGAAGAUGUCAGUGAGCAUCAAGUGUCAAAGGUCGAGAGGUCAUGCACUAUACCGUUGCUUCAAGAGAAGACCGGAGAAACAUCAUUAUCUCCUGCACAAUCUGAAGAAUAUUGAUUUUUCUUUUGUAAAAGGCGAAAGAAUAGUUCGCUUUGUGCUCACUACAUGGCUCCGGGAUUCAAAAGAAUGCUAACCCUAUCAACUUAUAGCGUACAAAUAACCUGUACUCCUUUUAAUUAAACAAGGUGGGAUUUAAUGGUUUGUUACCUCAAAGUUCAUAGUUAAUUAAGCAAGGUGGGAUUUAACUGUCACCUUUUAUGGGUUGAUCUUCUCUAAGUAAAAAUGUAAUGAGAUAAACAAAAAUGUUUAGUGGACAUUCACUUUUUCAUACACCCGCAACACCUUGUUAAUCAGAAAAAA